UUUAUGGUGUACAACAACGCGCUGGUGGCAGUGGUGGUUUGUUAGUGUAAAGGAAUACCAAUUGUAGUUCUAAUAAGUAGCGUAUAAUGAGUGAUGUUAUCAAAUCUCGACGUGAGAAAUCACAGAAACGUAAAAAGCUUCUAGCACAAACCUUUGGUGUGUCCAGCGUAGAAGAUCUGAAGCAUGUCCUCGGCACGGCGGAAGAUUCACCCAACAAGUCGCAAAAAUACGAUGACGAGGAAGCAAGCUCUUCAACACAGUCGCAAACCGAGGGCAUGGUUUACCGUGAUUCUUCCACUUUCCUGAAGGGAACUCAAUCAUCCAAUCCGCACAAUGAUUACUGCCAGCACUUCGUAGACACUGGCCAGCGGCCACAAAACUUCAUCCGUGACGUUGGACUAGCGGACCGGUUCGAGGAGUACCCGAAACUGCGCGAACUAAUUCGCCUGAAGGACGAGCUGAUCGCCGAAACGGCUACCCCACCGAUGUACCUUCGAGCCGACCUCAAGACAUUCGAUCUAAAGACGCUCGGUACAAAGUUUGACGUGAUUCUUAUCGAACCACCACUGGAGGAGUACGCCCGAGGAGGGGCAGCUGUGGCAGCGGGUGCACCGCGCAACUUUUGGUCCUGGGACGAAAUCCUAGCGCUGGACAUUGGCGAGGUGGCUGCCCAUAGGAGCUUCGUGUUUCUCUGGUGCGGUAGUUCCGAGGGCCUGGACAUGGGGCGCAACUGUUUGCGCAAGUGGGGCUUUCGGCGGUGUGAAGACAUCUGCUGGAUACGGACGAACAUCGAUUCGCCUGGACAUUCGAAGAUACUCGAACCGAAAGCAGUCUUUCAGCGCACGAAGGAACACUGCCUGAUGGGCAUCAAGGGUACGGUGCGUCGAUCAACCGAUGGGGACUUUAUUCACGCCAACGUGGACAUCGACCUGAUUAUCUCCGAGGAGGCGGAGUUUGGGAGCCUUGAGAAACCGAUUGAAAUAUUUCACAUCAUCGAACACUUCUGUCUCGGGCGGCGUCGGUUGCACAUCUUCGGGCGCGAUUCUACGAUACGUCCAGGCUGGGUGACCAUUGGGCCCGAGCUGACUAACUCCAACUUCAACAGCGAACUGUACGCGAGCUCUUUUGAGGAGAAUCCGACCACCGGGUGCACCGAGCGGAUCGAAGCUCUCCGUCCAAAAAGCCCCCCGGCAAAUGGGAAGGUUCUGCGAGGCCGCGGCCGAGGGUUUCCCCGUAUUCGGGGAAGGUCUCGGGUGUAGGAUGCCAUCGGUGUGGAUUGUGGUAUUCCUUCCAUUUUUUACGUUUCAUUUCAUUUCUUAUCCGACACAUUCUAGAAGAAAGAACAAUACUAGGAAACCACAAAUAAAAGUAUAAUAUUU